GCCGACUUUGCAGUUCACCACGCAUGCGCGUUAAUCACUCCGCUCAAGAAGAGGGAGACAUGGCGACGUCCCUGAUCUGUAGCCGUUUGACGGCUAGCCUGAGGAAUUCAGGGGCUAGAAACUCUCUCAGCUCCGCUUCUAAGGUUCUCGGAGGUUCUUCAGGUCUGUUGGGCGGCCACGUGUCCCAGCAGCUGCAGCAGCAGAGGAACCUCUCCCUGCACGAGUACAUGAGCAUCGGGCUGCUGAAGGAGGCCGGCAUCGCCGUGCCUGCCGGCAUGGUGGCCAGCUCCUCGGAGGAGGCCUACUCCGUGGCCAAGCAGAUCGGUACGAAGGACCUGGUGGUGAAAGCUCAGGUGCUGGCUGGGGGCCGAGGAAAGGGGACGUUCGAGGGCGGACUGAAGGGAGGAGUGAGGAUCGUCUACUCGCCAGAGGAGGCCCGGGACAUUUCCUCCCAGAUGAUUGGUCGAAAGCUGUACACCAAGCAGACGGGGGAGGCGGGUCGCAUCUGCAACCAGGUGUUCAUCUGCGAGCGCAGGUACCCUCGCAGAGAAUACUACUUCGCCAUCACCAUGGAGAGAUCCUACCAGGGCCCCGUGUUGAUCGGCAGCUCGCAGGGCGGCGUGAACAUCGAAGAUGUCGCAGCCGAAAGCCCAGACGCCAUUGUGAAGGAGCCCAUCGACAUUGUGGAGGGCAUUAAGAUGGAGCAGGCUGUCAAGGUUGCUCAGAAGAUGGGCUUCCCGGCGGCGCUGGUGAACGAGGCAGCGGAGAACAUGGUCAAACUGUACAACUUGUUCAUCAAGUACGACGCCUCCAUGGUCGAGAUCAACCCCAUGGUGGAGGACGCUUCUGGCAUUGUGAUGUGCAUGGACGCCAAGAUCAACUUUGACUCCAACUCAGAGUACCGCCAGAAGAUGGUGUUCAACAUGCGGGACUGGACCCAGGAGGACCCGCGGGACCAGCAGGCGGCCAAGGCCGACCUGAACUACAUCGGCCUGGACGGAACCAUCGGCUGUCUGGUAAACGGAGCGGGUCUGGCCAUGGCCACCAUGGACAUUAUCAAGCUGCACGGCGGCACGCCGGCCAACUUCCUGGACGUUGGGGGCGGAGCCACGGCACAUCAGGUCACCGAGGCGUUCAAACUCAUCACCUCUGAUAGGAAGGUUCAGGCCAUCCUGGUCAACAUCUUCGGAGGCAUCAUGAGGUGUGACGUCAUCGCCCAAGGCAUCAUCAUGGCGGUGAGAGACCUGGACCUCAAGAUCCCCAUCGUGGUGCGGUUACAAGGAACUAGAGUGGACGAUGCCAAAGCUCUGAUCGCUGCCAGUCCGCUGAAAAUCCUGGCCUGUGACGACCUGGACGAGGCCGCCAAAAUGGUUGUAAAGCUGUCUGAAAUCGUCUCGCUGGCUAAGGAAGCUCAAGUGGACAUCACCUUCCAGCUGCCCAUCUAAGGAGGAAAGACAAGACAGCUUGACCCUUGACCUCCUCGCCCCCCAAACACUUCCUCUGUCCCACCCACCAGCCGCCCGCCACUCCGCCGCAAACCCAAGCCGACAGCCAGACGAGCCGAUCGUUUAGUUUCCUCAUUCUCCCUCUGUGGCAUGACGGCAUGACUCGGUCCGCGUAGACGGCGACAGGCGUCACUUAGAGAGCAGAGAUGCACCGAAUCCCCUGGUUAAGAUUCUGCUGAAU